AUGACAACAACAAAUUCACCAACAAUGAUACCAACGACAGUAGCCGAAUCACCGAAAUCAAUAUAUUGGACGAAUCUAAUAUUAUUAGGUUUCAAUCCCACAGAACUAGUAAUUCUUAUAGGAAGAGAAACGAUUGGAACAUAUUCAAGUAUAUUGGUGGAAUUAAAUAAAGAUAUUUUCACAAGAGGGUAUACCGCGAAUUCGGUUAAAGCCAUGGAAUUGAUUAUGUAUUUUUUAUUUUUAAAAUUAAAUGAUUUUAUGACUCGGGAGAGAUUUAAAUGUUGGCCAAUCCUUGAUUCGGCAUCAAGUAAAACAUUUCGAAAUAUAGCAUUUAAUUGGUUAGAACAGUUAAAAAAAGAUGGAAAUUUGGAAAAAGAUAUUGUAAUAAGACGUAGCGCGUUUGAUGAAUGUCAAGGAGAAAGAUUUGAACGUAUAAUAAUGGCGUUUUCCAAUUACGUAUUAAAAGUGGUGUUGGAACGUGAUUAUGAACAAUAUAGUCGGGUUCCAUCAAUUAAUUUCACCAUGAUUAAAGAAAUGAAGCCGGAAUUAUUGAAAUCGAUUAUAAAGAUCUACAUAAAAAUGCAAGUUGAUCGAUUUUUAAAAGAAACUAGAGAAAGAGGAAUGUGUCAAGAACGAUGGAAAUGUUUGGCUGAUGAAUUAACACGAAGAUUACGUGAUAUUACUGAACGAAAUUUGGAAAAUGUUCGAAUGAUGUGGAAGGAAGGAUUAAAUUGGGUUAAAGAAAAUAGAAAGUAUAUUGAGAGAGUGGAAGAUAUAAUAAAUGAUCGAGUGAAUAAAUAUCGAAUUGAUGGAAAAUCUAUUUCUAUACAAGUUCCAGAAAUUUUAAUGAUUAAAUGGGAAAAACAAAUUCAGCAGCAAUUACAACAACAACAGGGAGAUGAAAUGAUGAUAGACAACGAAACUGAAAUGAAUGAGAUUAAAGACACUAGAGAAAUGAUAAUGAAAGACAAUGAAACAGAAAAUCGAUUUCAAAAUUUAAAAGAAUAUUUUAAUAAUCAAAAAGAACAAAUUCAAAGUUUAUCAUCACUUAAAAAUUCAUUGAAAUCCCAGUUGAAUCAAAUACAUGAAUCAAUUCAAUUAUUAAAAGAGGAACAAAAAAAUAAAGAUAGAUUUAGGUAA